AUGCGAAAAGUUUUCACGGCCUUGGGCGUGACUCUCUACGUUGCUGCCAUUGCGGCACAAAACAUCUCUACUUCCAACAAUUAUCGACCCAGUAACGUGACUGCAAACCUUACAGAUUUGUAUCUCUGGGUUGGAUCGUAUUACAAUGCCACCGCACAAGUCGACUUCAUACCGUUUGGCGGGCUAGCGGCUUCUAUACCAAGCAAUUGUCCACCAGCAUUCAGCAACCAAACCGCACGCGGAAACUACAGCGCACGACUAGCAAUAACACAACCAGGCUCAUACGAUUCAGUUGGUGACUUAGCUAAUGUUUUUCUAACACUGUGGCCCCUUGAUUAUGACUUCACGAAACUGCCGUUGGGACAGCAGAUAACAUAUAUACCUGAUUUGGAUUUCGGACUGUUUUCCUCCGACCCCUUGUAUGAUAAUGGUGGUGACCCAAAGAACAAUUGGAUCUGGUCCCUCAAGAACACCACAAGCCCGCCAUACAAUAUGUCCAGUACUAUCGAGGAUCGCUAUAGGGGCUUUGGCGUUUUUCACGUCAACGCCUCGACACCCUGCGUUGAGACCUCCCAAUGGUCAUUUUUGAUAUGGAGUGACCCGGUCAACGGUACCAACUUCACGAAUCCAACGAUAGAUCUUCAGUUUGACGACUCAACUGCGAACUUGACAUUGCAGGGAUACGCUGAGGCCGGUGCCGUCUACGGAACGGGGUCUACUGCGACGUCGGGAUCGACAGUAGUCUGGGGAGAAUUCAGCUUGACACUCUCUGGCGUCAUCGACAAGUAUCAUUCUGAUAUUCUUAAGAACGAUACGAACACACCAGCCUGGGUACCUACCGUUGGUUACAAUAACAAUUCAGCGAACUUUGGAUACACUACUCAGUCAACAGGAAGUCGGAUUGCAGAACCUCUGUUGUUGAUUACUAUUGUAUUCGCUCUGUGGCUGAUCAUUUCCUGA